AUGUCGCCCUCGGUGCAGAAGAGCCAGUUCAAGCUGCUCCAGCAGUUCAAGCCAGACUACUCCGCCAGUGAAUUCACCGAGUAUGAAUCGCAACGGACCGGUAUGCGGGUCGUGGUCAUUGACCAGAAAGGCCCCAAGGUGAACGGCUACUUUGUGCUUGCCACGGAGAUCCAUGAUGACUCGGGCGCCCCUCACACUCUGGAGCAUCUUUGCUUCAUGGGCUCUCGUAACUACCGUUAUAAGGGCUUCUUGGACAAAUUGGCGACCCGUGUGUACUCCAACACCAAUGCUUGGACAGCUACAGACCACACAGCCUACACUCUUGAUACCGCCGGCUGGGAGGGCUUUGCUCGUAUUCUCCCGGUCUACCUGGAGCAUGUCAUUGCCCCCACUCUGACGGAUGAGGGCUGCUACACCGAAGUCCACCACAUUGAUGGAACCGGUAACGAUGCCGGUGUUGUGUACUCUGAAAUGCAAGGUGUACAGAACAAUGCCGCUGAGCUGAUUGACCUGGCAGCUCGACGUGCAACCUAUCCUCCCGGCGUCGGCUUCCGGUACGAGACCGGUGGUAUGAUGGAGCAGCUUCGUGUUCUGACCGCUGAGCGGAUUCGUGAGUUCCAUCGUGAGAUGUAUCAGCCUAAGAACCUCUGCCUAGUCAUCACGGGUGAGGUCGACCAGGGUAACAUGCUGGAGAUUUUGGAUAAGUUUGAAGAUACGAUUUUGGAUGUCAUUCCGAGCCCGAAUGAUCCGUUCACUCGGCCUUGGACGGACUCGAAGCAGACUCCAGCUCUGGAGAAGUCGAUCAUCCAGAAAGUUGAUUUCCCUGAAGAGGACGAGUCAUUUGGUGAAAUCGAGAUCCGCUUCCUCGGACCGGAUUGCAACGACCCUAUCCAAUCCGGGGCUUUGAAUGUGGCUCUCUUGUAUCUCGCUGGCUCUUCUGCGUCUCUUCUGGAGAACACGAUCGUUGAGAAGGAACAGAUUGCUAGUGCUGUUUACUAUGCUACCGAGGAUCACCCUAGCAUCGAGAUCCGCUUCACCCUGACUAGCGUGGAGACCGACAAGCUCGAGAAGGUGGAGAAGCGAUUCUUUGAGAUCCUCAAGGAUGCCAUGAACAAGCCGCUGGACAUGAAGUACCUGAAGGAGUGUAUUGACCGCCAGCGCCGUACUUGGAAGUUCUCAACUGAGAACUCUGCGAACUCCUUCGCGGAAUACGUUAUCACUGACUUCCUGUUCGGAAAGCGAGACGGGUCGACCUUGCGGGAUGUCGCAUCUCUGAAGGAAUACGAUGCGCUGGAGCACUGGGACGAGGAGCAAUGGCGGUCGUUCAUUAUCAAGUGGAUUGCCGAUGCCAACCACGUUUCUGUUCUGGGAUACCCGUCUCUGAAGCUGUCCGACAAGAUUAAGAACGAGGAGGAAGCACGAGUAGCCGCUCAAAAGGAACGUCUCGGCGAGAAGGGUCUCAAGGAGCUGACCGAAAAGUUUGAGAAGGCCAAGGCUGAGAACGACAAGGAGAUCCCAGAGGCGGUUCUGGCCCAGUUUGCCAUUCCGAGUACCGAUUCCAUUCAUUUCAUGAACACUACCACAGCCCGUUCAGGUGCUGCCCUGAAGGCUGGCCGUCCUGAGAAUCAGAUCCAGAGGUUGGUUGAGGCGGACGAUGCGGACCAGCCCCUUUUCAUCCACUUUGAGCACAUUCCCAGCAGCUUCGUGCAGCUGUCUGUUCUCAUCUCAGCGCAGUCUGUUCCCCUCCAGCUGCGUCCCCUGCUCUCCAUCUACACCGAAGCUUUCUUCAACAUUCCUGUCGAGCGCGAUGGCAAGACUAUCAACUUUGAGCAGGUUGUCGUGGAGUUGGAGAAGGACACCGUCGGCUAUGGAAUGGACACUGGCCGCGCCCUUGGAAACUCGGAAAUGCUCCGUCUGUCCUUCCAGGUGGAACGUGAGAAGUACGAAUCUGCCAUUGCCUGGCUGCAUGAGCUGUGCUGGAGCUCUAUCUUCGAUGUCGAGAGACUUCGUGCCAUCACUACCCGUCUCCUGGCCGACGUGCCCGACUCCAAGCGCAGUGGCGAUGAUAUGCUCGCAGCAGUUCAUGUUAGGGUCCAUUACGCCCAGGAGUCUAUUGCUCGGGCCCGAUCCACUCUCGUCAAGGCACGCUACCUGAAGCGUGUCAAGCGCCUGCUCGCCGACAAGCCCGAGGAGAUUGUCAGCCGCAUGGAAGAGAUCCGCAAAUCGCUCUUCCAGCCCGACAAUGUCCGGGUUGUGGUUAUCGCCGACCUUGAGAAGCUGCCUCGUCCGGUCUCCUCCUGGAAGCCCUUUGCCGAGCGCCUCGGAGCCAGUGAGGACUUGAAGCCCAUUACCAACCGCCGCGCGCUCCUGAGUGACGCCGGCAAGAACAUCGGCGGCCACUCGUACAUUGUCCCCAUGCCCACUGUCGACUCCUCGUACGCCUAUGCCACCGCCCGGGGUCUCGAUUCCUACGAUCACCCUAAGCUCCCCGCUCUGCUGGUCGCCAUUGCCUACAUGAACGCAGUGGAGGGUCCCCUCUGGGUCGCUGUCCGCGGCAAGGGUCUGGCAUAUGGUACUAACUUUGCCUACAACAUCGACACCAGCUUUGUCAACUUCGACGUGUACCGGUCUCCGAACGCGCACAAGGCGUUCGAGGCUAGCAAGCAGAUUGUCGAGGACCACCUGUCCGGCGCUAGUCCCUUCGAUCCUCUCAUGCUGGAGGGUGCGAUUAGCAGCAUCGUUGUUGGCUUUGCCAACGAGCAGAUGACUGCUGCCAGCGCUGCCCAGGGCAGUUUCAUUCGCCAGGUCGUGCGCAACUUGCCCAGCGACUACAAGGAGAAGAUGCUUAAAAAGGUGCGGGAUAUCAGUGUUGACGAGGUCAAGGGGGCUCUGCGUGAGAUUAUCCUGCCUCUGUUCGCGGCGAAGACUGCCAACCUUGUCGUCACCUGCGGUACUGUUCUGGAGGAGACUCUCAAGCAAGGCUUCGAGUCAAUCGGCUUCACCCCGACUGUUCAGCCCCUCAAAGAAUUCGAAGACGACUACGGCUUCAAGCUCGGCGACGAGGACGAGGACGACGAAGAAGAAGAUGAUGAUGACGAGGACGAGGACGACGAAGAUGACGAGUCCGGCUCUGAGGAGGAGGACAGUGACGAAGAUGAUAAGUGA